AUCUGAACGCCAUUUUUUAAUUUUUGAAUUUUUAUUUAUUUUCUUCCCCCUAAGCUUUAUCUUGAAAGAUAACGUGCUUUCAAAGUUUUCCACCCGUGCCAGUCACCACAACACAACCGUUAUGGCUUCAGCAUCUGAUCUUCAAGAGCAAGGGCUUGCUUUCUAUUCCAAACAUGAACAGUAUCUUUUGUCGCCCCAGAAAUCUUUAUCUUUGAUCGUGCACGAACCGUUCAAUUGUCCAAGCUGGUUAGUGGCUGGAAUCAUUCAACAAUCUCUUUCCAAUGAUAACGAAUGUUAUCUUUCUCCUCAAUCACCAAAUCGCCAAAAAACUGCAUCGCCCACAUUCUUAUACUCCUUUUCUAACACGGAACUCACAUAUUCAAAAUAUCUUCACAAAUACGUCACAAAAAAUAGAAACAUGUUCACCUUUGAAUCCUAUAUUACCGAAGAUUCAAUCUCUCUAGAUACAUGGGACAAGUCUAUUUGUGAGCAAUUAGAAAAAAGUGCAAAACUUUGUGAUUCUUCUCCGGUGGUAAUAUUAGAGAACCCUGAGCUCCUGUUAUCUGUUGUUCCCGCGAUGACUAUUUCCAAGCUUCUAUCACAGAUCAUGACAAUCCAACAAAAAUCUGCUCUAUACGUUGUCACUUCAUCUUCCAUCAUUGGUGCACCACAGUUCUUACCUGCACUACUACAUCGCUCAUCCCUUCUUAUUUCUUUGACUCCUCUAACAACGGGAAGAGCAGACGAUAUAUCGGGAAUUCUUUCCAUCUCACCUGGCCCUGUCCAGAGCAAUGACAGAAUUGAAGAUAGGUUGUCAAUUGCAGACCGCCAAUACUCAUAUUUAGUAACAACUAAUGCCGUAAAGUUAUACUUCAAGUAAAGUCUACCAGACGUAUACUAAAAGAUGAUUACCAUAUUUAGGCAACGCCACUCUCUAUAAGAUUACUGAACCGGAUUUUCAGGCUUGUAGGAUUGAGCUUAGUUGCAAGCGUUCCUUAGUUGAAGUGCCUGCUUACUCUAGCUAUCAGUCAAAUUUAAUCAUAAUUUGUGGAUCAGUCAAAAGGGAUGCAAAUUUUGCGAAGAAAAGCCAACCUUUCUAGAUUGGAGUAACAAUUUUUAC